AUGAAAUUGUUUUAUUUUUUCUUAUUAACCCUUCUAAACGGUUAUAUAAUUGCGUUUUCUUUUAAAAGUACGCAGAGUGCAAAUUUUGUAUUAUCUGUGGGUGGAUGUAAUAGAAAUUCCAAUAAUCAUAUUAAGAAGAAUAGAUUAUAUUCUACAGGUAAUGAUCAUUUAAAAUUAUUAAAAUAUGUAAGAGAAGUUACUAAUGCUAGUAUACAAUUAUGUAAUAAGGCUUUGAAAGAAUGUAAUAAUGAUGUAGAUAAAGCAAUUGAACAUGUUAGAAAAAAUACAAAAAGUUCAACAUUUGUAUCAACAAAUAUUAAAGUAAAAAAAGAAGGAUUAGUAGCUAGCCAAAUAAAAGAUGACAAAAUUGUUUUGUUAGAGCUUUUAACUGACUCUGAUUUUGUUGCAAGAAAUAAAAUGUUUGUUCAAUUUGUUUAUAGUUUAUUGAAUGUUACAUUGAAUAAUGACCUGUCCACUGAAAAGUGUAAGAAUAGUGUGGAUAAUACAAAAGUUGAGGAUAAUACAAAAGUUGAGGAUAAUACAAAAGUUGAGGAUAAUACAAAAAGUGAGGAUAAUACAAAAAGUGAGUAUAAUACAAAAGUCGAGGAUAAUACAAAAGUUGAGGAUAAUAAUAACAAUGGGGAUAAUAAAAUUAGUGAGCAUAAUACAAAAUGUUCAGAUAGUUACCACACAAGUAGUAAUAUCCUAAGUAAUAAUAAUAAUAUAAUGGAUGUUAUAUUAAGUCUUCCUUAUAUAGAUGAAGAAAAUAAAAGUAGUAGUACGAUUGGAGAACAACUAAAUUAUCUAAGAAAUAUUUUUAGAGAAGAUAUAAAAAUUGGAAGGUUUUCAAAAUAUACAAAGAAAAAUCCAAAUGAAUUUUUACAUUAUUAUAUACAUAACAAAUUAGAUGAUCAUGUGGGAUUAUCAGGAGUUCUUUUAGUUCUUCAUAUAGAUAACUUAGAUGAAAUAUUAAAAACUAAGAAAGAAGAUAUUAUGAACUUUGCAAAUGAUUUAUCUAUGCAUAUUAUAUCAGCUAAACCUGCUAGUGUUUCUAUAGAUACAUUAAAUCCAAAAAUUACUAAAAAAGAAAUGGAUAUUAUUCGAGAUGGGUUAAAAGAUAUGAAAAAACCAGAAAAUAUUUUAAAUAAUAUGAUACAAGGUAAAAUGAAGAAAUUUUAUAGUUCCAUAGUAUUCCUAGAGCAGGAAUAUAUGCUGGAUGAAACAAAAAGAAAAGUUUCUCAGGUAAUUAAAGAUUUUGGUAAGGCUCAAAAUAUUAAUAUAAGUGUUAAUCAUUUUAAUUAUUUCGCUAUAGGUGAAAAAAAUGUUCUUAUGGAAUGA